ACCAUUUGUGUUGUAUCUACUAUAUCUCUUUUGUAGCAAUCAACUACUUAUAUUAAAAAUAAAUAACGUGGGUGUUAGCUAGUGGUUAUUAUAUUUAGUUAUAUAUAAUAUUUAGUUGCCAUUUGUAAUCUAUUGAUAAAUGUUUGAUUGGCAUGCUUAAUAAUAUUAAUCAUGAAGAGAAGAGUGACUGGUAGCCGUAGUUUAAAAAAAGUCCUUUAUUGGGAAGUCUUUAAUUUAGUCACCUUUCCGUGUAACUAGUUACGUUGUACAGAAUAACGAUAAUAUUUUAUGGAUCUUUAAUAAUGAUUUUUAUAUAAAAUAUGAGUUUCAUAGUUCACUAGGAUUUUUCUUAUUUUAAGAGAAGGGCAUUGGGAUAAAAUGGUCUAGAUGGAGUUGGAUCUCUAGGAUGAUUGUACAUGUAAAGAGAAUGAAUCCUGUAUGUUGUUUUCUGACAUAAAUUCAUACAGGAUUCUGAUCAGACCGCAUCCAGCAAAUUGGCGCUUAGUUCAUGGCAUGGCUGUUGUUUACCUUGUUGCUCUCACAUUUUUGCUUUUUCAGAAGCAAGAUGAUGCUCGACAGUUUAUGAAGUUUCUCCAUCCGGAUCUUGGUGUUGAACUUCCUGAAAGAUCUUAUGGAGCUGACUGCCGCAUAUAUCUUCCCGAAAAUCCUACAAGCAGGUUUAAAAAUGUUUGUGAAACACUUUUUGAUGAAUUUGUUUUAGCUCAUAUUAUUGGAUGGUGGGGUAAAGCUAUAUUGCUUCGUAAUCAGCCUCUUCUUUGGGUGCUAUCAAUUGGAUUUGAGAUGAUGGAGCCACAGUUCAUUGCCAGCGCUGGAAAUCGAAGCUUUUCAUCUAAUGCCCCACUGAUUGAGAACUCUGAUGAUCAGAUUGUUGUUCCAGAUGUUGGGGAUCGAAUUGGCAAGGAGCAUUGCAAAGUUAAUUUGCAAGAGUUGUUAAACCCAGACAAAAAACAAGAUUUUAUUAAGAGAACAACAUCAAAUUCAAUUUCAUUGGAGAUGGAUAAAAUUUGGAUCCAUCUUAACAGAGCAACGGUGGAAUAUGAGCAAAAGUCUAGGGAGUUUGUACCAGAAUCUUACUUAUUUCGUCCUAAUAAUGCAAUGCUUACAAUACAAGAAGCAGUUGGUUCCACAGUUGCAUGGCCUUUUAAAAAAGUUAUUCCAAGAGAUGUGACAAGUGAAGUAGAAAAGGAUACUUAAGACUCCUUGAAAGUAGUAACUUUGUUUAUUUAUUUGUGUUGAAAGUAGUAACUUUUAACUAUGUUGAAUAUUUAAGACUCCUUGAAUACUUAAAAAACAUUUUGUUGUUGAUGACAGUGUUGAAUGUUUUAAACUAAU